AAGAAGAAGCAGCAGACCGGAAGUUUAUCAAAGAAGACAAGCAGGCGUCGUUUUCAAAGCUCGUUAACGGCUGUUGUCUUGGUGCCGCGUCUGAGCCUGUAAACAAUAAAACACCCAACCGGUAACUUAAUGUUACCGUGAUGAGUUCAUUUUAACAGCGAACCGGUCCUCCUGCAGGUUUAAUGCUACCUCAUUGAAUUGAAGCUGAAAAUAUCAUGGACAACCUGGAUUUUUCUGAAGAGGAAAUUCAGGAACAGCUGGAGAUCCUCGGCUACAAAAACAUACCUAAACACAGACUGCAUGAAUUCAAGCAAGAUCUUGAUGAACUGAUUCGACACGGGAAAUGGAAAAGCUUGACCUCGUCCCAUCACGUAAACUCCACCAAAUCUCAGACAGCCGCGUUCCAGCCGAGUCCUCCCGCCUUCACCAAAGAGAAAGUUAGUCGGUGCAACGCUGACGACUUUGAAGGGUUUUUCUUACAUGCAGGAAAAGUGGACCAUGACAGACAGGUGCUCACCACCUCUCAGAAUAAAGACAACGGAUGGAGGAAGGACCACUGUGACUCUUACGCUCAACACUCGGUGGCUCUGCGGCUCCGUCUGCCUUCAGGUGCUCCCAAUGCGCUGCAGGUGGAGUCGGACCCCGAAGACACCCUGCACCCACCGCACGUCGACAGCUGUGCAUCCACUCCCGACACCCUGGAGAGACGCUUCAUCAAGAGAAAAGUCCUGAGGAAACAUAAAGGACGGUCUCUAGUCUGCGAUGAAUCAGUGUACAGCGAAGACUCAGACGCAGCGAGCUCUCUGGAGGAGCGGCUGGCGGAGCUUCAGUUAUCGGCGCGACAAGACUCAGAGACGGAGAACCAAGACGUAACCGGACAGAGUGACACACGUGACUCUGAGAGCGAGGAAAUCUCCAUGAGUGCCUUUGAGUCCUACAUCAGAGGAAUGACUCAAACUCACAGUGACGGUGACCUCAGACCAAAACCCAAAUCCUUCAUCCGACCAGUCAUGAACCAGCAAACCAUAAAGAAGACGGAUCCAGUGGCCAAGUAUUUCCAGUAUAAGCAGCUCUGGGAGAUGUUUAAACUUCCAGGAGAGAAGGACAGGAGAGCUCUCCGCUCAGAGAUAAAGGAACGACUCGCAUACCAGCCUCCACCACCUAAACCUCGGAGAGUCUACGUGCGGAACACCUACACCGUGCCAACAGAGAAGAAGCGCUCGGCGCUGCGCUGGGAGAUCAGGAACGAUUUGGCCAACGGUCUCCUUCCGUACAAAUACAGUUAUCGAUUUUAAGCCUUUUACGCUCUUCACAUGCCUUUUAGACUUUUAAAUGAGACGUUGCAUUGGUUUUUAUCAUCAGCAUUAUUUAUUAAUGAUUUUUUUUUUUGUUAAACAUAAUAAACACA